AUGCAAGUCCUGACAGUGGUCCUCCUGGGCGGCCAGUAUCACUGUCAUCCAGCCAUCGCUGCGAGCGAACGAGGAAUUGAAUGCGUUUGGCUGCUUUUGGACUUCGCGGACUUUGCCGAGGAGACCCGGGCCGCAGCCGAGGGGCUCCCGACGCAGGAGCUGAGGCGUCUCGACGAGGUCCUGGGAGGCCGGGCAGCCGAGCUCUUCGAGGCCUUCGUGGCCUCGGGGAGAGCCCAAGGACUUGCAGGGCCCUGGAGCUCAACUGCGCGGAACAGCUUGGCACAGGACUACUCCUUCGCGCUGCUGGGACGCCGUGAGGCGCACAUGGUGGCGCGAGCACUGGGCGAACGUGGCAUCUGCAGGGUGGUAGAUCCCAUGGCCGGUACCGGUCUGCACGCGCGGCUCCUGUCGGAAGCGGGGCUUCAGGUCGAGGCCUCGGACGCGCAGCCUGGCACUGCCGGUGGUUUCUGCUGGCAUCCGGUAAGCCAGCGGUUCUUGGAAGCACACCAGCUCCCAUCCAACAGUGAUGCUGGUUUCGGCGGGGACUGCUCCCACAGCGCGCUGUUCCUGAGUUGGCCUCCCCGGAGCGAAGCGGCAGCUUCCGCUCUUCGCAGCUUCAGCGGUCCCAUGCUGGUGGUUGUCGGCGACCGGGGGAAGUGGCACGGGUCCGAGUCCUUCCACAAAGCCCUCGAGGAGAACUGGUCGCUGGUCCUGCAGGCAGAUCUCCUUACUUGGCCACGGCUGCAGGACGACCUCCGCAUCUUCUGCCGGGUAGAAAAAAGGAUCUGGGGCAUUUGCUUCGUACCGUCCGUAGUUGUUGUUUACUUGUGCCAGUAG